AUGCUUUUGGAAAGACAAGCUGGACCUUACGAUCUCCUUUUUUUUUCUUUCUUUUUUUUGUUUUUGUUUUUGCUCGCUUGUCCUUUUCUUCUUCUUUCCGAAUUAAGGAUCAACUGUAAGUUUCGCUUGUCGAAGCAUUUUCUGAUCGAGAUUAAGUUGGAGUCAGCAGAGAUCAAAAUUCAAACGGACUUGACUCCAUUCAGCUUUCGACUUGUGAAGGCAGUGGUUCUUUCUUUUUCUCUCUUUUCUUUCUUUGUUUUUCUUUGUUCUUUCUUUCUUUUUCUUUCUCCCACUCUUCUUUCUUCCUUUUUCAUUCAUUCUUUCUUUCUUUUUCCUUUCUUUUUCUUUCUUUUCUUUUCUAUUUUAUUCCUUCUUCUUUUACUUCAUUUCUUUUCCUUUCUUUCUUUUUCUUUCUUUCUUUUUCGCUCUUUUCUUUCUUUGUUUUUCUUUCUUUGUUUUUCUUUCUUUUUUCUUUCCCCCAUUCUUCUUUCUUCCUUUUUCAUUCAUUCUUUCUUUCUUUUUCCUUUUUUCUUUCUUUUCUUUUCUAUUUUAUUUCUUCCUUUUUUUCUUCAUUUCUUUUCCUUCCUUUCUUUUUUCUUAUACUGUUUUUCUUCUUUCUUUUCCUUUUUUUUAAAUUUCUUUCAAUCUCCAUUUCUUUUUUGUUUCUUUCUUCAUUUUUCUUUGUUUUUCCAUGUUUCUCUCUAUUCGUUCUUCCUUUCGUUCUCUUUCUUUUUUCUUUCUUUCUCCAUUUCUUCCUUUCUCCAUUUUUUCUUUGUUUGUUUGUUUGUUUGUUUGUUUGUUUCUUUCUUUCUUUCUUUAGAUUUCACUCAGCGUCAAUAG